AUGGAAAGUUAAGGAUGUAAGUAUUUGCGCGGGAUCUGACUUAGUUUUACUCUAGAAUCCGUUCUUCCAAAAAGAUACAUAAUCUUUCAAGCUAGGCGUCAAUCCUCACUGAUAUACCCAGUCCCGAAAUCGAACAGCUUCCGCUGCCUGAAUCAUGUGAGGGAUUCCUCACUAGAUACUUUGAACUCGGCUUUUCUCGUGACUUCAAGCUGCUCGUUACCGAACACAAGGAAAUCUGUCGAAUAAUUCAAUAAAGUAGAUUGGUCGGAUAUCGCUCAGAUGCCUGAGAGGGCGGUCAAACGAAGCAAGCUCAAGGCAAGUCUGGAGCGAGGUAAAGAACGCGCGCCUACAAGUCCGACCCAAUACCCAUUCGAAACAGCCCACCGCAGGGUUUAUCCGAGCAGACUACAAGGGGAUAAUACGCAUGAAGACACCACCAAUGCCCAAAAGCUACGUGCGCAUAGGCUUGCACAACAAAAGAGACAGAAGCGUGCAGCUCGAGAGCAAUUGUCUCCAAUCCAGCAUGAUAACCACGCACGUGAGAGUUACCAUGCUCAAGAUGUUGGGACAACACGUCCGAACCGGCAACUUGUGCAGUCGCGCUCUGCUUCAUCUGACACCAUUCCUCUUACAAACGGAGGUAAGCGGAGUGGCAGUCAGCUGCAUUCUGGCGGCGAAUCACCCCUCGUGACAAAGAACAUCAGUCCUGACCCUUCGCUGGUGGCGGCUAAUUCCGAGGCCACUCACUCGAGCACACCUUCAAUAUCCAAUUGGAGUCCUCAAAUUAGAGGCGGACUUGAAAGAGAUUUGCCAGACCGCGAAUGCCAGCAGAUCCCAAGACUCGCACGCAGAAGGCUAGUUGACUCAUUAUGUGCAGCAGAGGGAUCAAUCCUAAAACCGGUUCUUGUCUCCGCCUCUCAAAUUCGUGGAGCCAGUACAUCUACCUCAACAGGAAACCUAGGAGAUCCUGGAAUACUCCCAUCAGACCUAGCUCAGCAGCGCCAAGCUUCUGGCCCGUCACUGGACAAUGCAUGGGAGGCAGUGAAAUUGACAUCAAGUCGUACGCAACGUUCCAGGAUGACAUACGCUCGUCAGCGCUCUUUCCUGGGAAGUAGUCUGGACACGACUGGCCCUGGACUAUCUCAUGCCACAGCUACAGCGCUCGAAGUCGUACCAACUAGAAGGUCACCUGCACCCUUUAAACAUCCCACUUUACCCACCUUGUCGGCUGAUGCUGAGGAACAUGACAGGCCUGUCCGUAGCAUACAUGAGCUAAGGCAGGCUGGGGAUAAUGCUCGCUUUAAAGAGUCGGUCGAAGCACUAUUGGAUGACAUUGAAGACUCGUGUAACACGAUUUCCGAGAGGUGCAAUGGAUUUGUUCAGCUUUGUUCAAAGCUGCUUGAACCCGACUUGAUGCAUAGAUUCUCAGAAUGCGACUUUGGCGAACGGCUCGUCAGAUGUACGAUGAGUGAUAUAGACAUCAUCUCCAUGUGUCUAGCGCUAUGUGCAUAUCGAUUGAUCUGCCUCGAAGGGUCAAAUUCAAAGUCACAUCUGGGAAUGUUUUGGACAAUUCUCGUCGAUAAAUCGCCGUCACUCCUGAGUGUUCAAGACGACUUAAUCUCCUUGGCGAGAAAGCCAUCAUCUAAUAUUUCGAGGGCCAUGCAGACAUCGCUUCGAGAUCUCCUACCGCGCUUGGCGUCUUCGAUAUUCCCAGACAACUCGUCCCCGAAACUUUCGCCUCAUCUGGCCGUUCUUUCCUGCAUCCAAUUCUGCUUGACAGAAUUCCGAAAAAAGAGCCAACCUAUAGAUUUGAUGUCCUCAUCCUUGAUAGAUAAGCUUAUUGAGGCCCUGCUUCCCAGGAACGACGAAAUCGCCACAUAUCCUUUAUCAUCUGUUGACUUCCAAUCGAAAACAACAAUUCUGCUUAUUCUGGAAAGCUACUUCAUGCUGUCAGUUACGCCAGGCUAUAAUUAUAGCAGCCCUUUUCGAAAAUUUGUCCUACUGCAUGAUGGCUUCGUACAGCCGGCUCAUGACGAGCAACGCAGACAAAUCCAGGCAUUGUACUUGAGGGUCAUAUUAAACCUCACCAAUAAUGAAUAUUUGGCAUGUGAACAAUAUGCAAGACCUGAGAUGAUGACUGGAUUUGUUCGAAUUGUAAGCUUUGAGUUGUCCAUUGCGUCGUCCGAUUUCGCUGGCUUUGAUGACCAAAAGUCAUUCAACCUCGUUAUCUUGGCCCUUGGAAUUCUCAUCAACUUGGCAGAACAAAGCGAGAAAUGCAGAGCCUCCUUUCUUGUGCCAAUGGAUGACUCCCAGCUACCACUUCAGAUACUUGUGCAGCAUUUCUCUAUCGGGUUUGACCUUAUCAGCCAUGCAAAGUCCAUUUUAGAGUCACAAUCCAAUGUCGCUGUUGGGUACUUGUCAAUAUUGUUGGCUGUUCUAUGUCUGCAUAAAGAAGUACACAUUCGAAUCCGGGAACUGCUUUUGGAAUGCGGUAAAGAGGUUGCUUCGGUCAUCUCAACAGCCAGGGAAUUUUUACUGUAUCAUCGAAAAAUUGAGAGCAGUUCGCGUCUCGGCGAGGUUCAUAGUACCGACAACUCGUCCACAGCACGUUUGGCACGUCUCAUUGAACAGCUAGGUCAACCGUAGAUUGAAUUAAUUUCAUUUGGCAAUGCAACUUCAC